AUGAUUAAUAGCCAUGCUGAAGUAACAGCACCGACACCACUGAUCACCGCGAAUGGACUAUGGGAGACAUAUAAUAACUCACGUGGUGGCGAUGGAGAAGUUAUGGGACGUAUGAACCAUGAAGCUGCGGUAGAAAUGACAAAAAUAGCAGCAGCUUUCACGAAAAAUUUACCUUUUUUGACGUACAUCAGAAAUUCUUGUACUUCUUCAGAAUUUCUAAACGCACUUACGUGAUAAUCCUUCAGACAUUCAGAAAUAAUUUCACCUAACUUUUUAAUGUGAACUCUCAACAUCAAAGUCCGUACGUACAUGUGCGUAAACGCUAAACUUUCGGUGAGAUUGUUGAUAACUCUCUUGAGAUUUGGGAGGCAGUAGAAUAAAUUUAUCAACUCGGUAAUCAU